UUUUCUUUUGCUUCUUCAGACAAGGGCUGAGGGUCAAUGCUUUCUGGUAUGUUAUGAUCUUCAAUAAGAUACUGUGGGUCAAUGAUUUCUGGUGCGUUAUGGCUGACACUUUCUGGUACAUUAUGAUCUUCAGUAAGGGACUGGGGGUCGACACUUCCUGGUGCGUUGUGAUCUGCAGUGUAGGCCUGAGGGUUGAUGCUUCCUGGUGCGUUGUGAUCUGCAGUGUAGGCCUGAGGGUUGAUGCUUCCUGGUGCGUUGUGAUCUUCAGUGUAGGCCUGAGGGUUGAUGCUAUCUGGUGCUUGAUCUUCUGCAGCUCUGGUGUCUUCAGCAGGACCUAAACCUGUCUCUAAGGGUGUGUCCUCUUUGGCUUCCACUUCUGUGUCCAUGUGCAAAAUGUCCUCUUCUCCCGCUGGAAGCUCAGUUUGGGAUUUGUCCUCAGCUGAACCUGCAUCCUGCAGGUGCUCUUCUCCAGGGCCAUCCUCCUGGGCAUCAUCUGCAGCAGCCUCCUCCGAGACGGUGUCCCCUGCUACGGCAGCCUCCUCCGAGACGGUGUCCCCUGCUACGGCAGCCUCCUCCGAGACGGUGUCCCCUGCUACAGCAGCCUCCUCCGAGACGGUGUCCCCUGCUACGGCAGCCUCCUCCGAGACGGUGUCCCCUGCUACGGCAGCCUCCUCCGAGACGGUGUCCCCUGCUACAGCAGCCUCCUCCGAGACGGUGUCCCCUGCUACAGCAGCCUCCUCCGAGACGGUGUCCCCUGCUACGGCAGCCUCCUCCGAGACGGUGUCCCCUGCUACGGCAGCCUCCUCCGAGACGGUGUCCCCUGCUACAGCAGCCUCCUCCGAGACGGUGUCCCCUGCUACGGCAGCCUCCUCCGAGACGGGCGGCGCUGAGAUCCAUCUCCCCUGUGGCCCCGGCCCCCUCUGCAGACAGCAGCUCCUCAGCGCACACGUCCACGUUUGCAAUCCCUCCAUAUGA